AAAUAUGCAGAUGAUUAAGCUCUACGUCCUUCUGACUUUAAUUGCAGAGACCUGCAUGUCCCUUCCAAAGUCUUACCAAGCUAGAUUUGUGUCCUGGAACUCAACGGGCUCAGUAGUGGAUUUUCGCGUUCGGUUUUUAGGGAGAGAACGGAGGCUGAAUGGAUCGCUGGUUAUUUCUGAAGAUUUGGAUAGUAAACGUUUUACUGUGUCAGCCGAGAGCUACUCCGAUGUCAGUGGCGGUGGGGAUUACAAGUUGAUGCCCUUUUCAAUGCCUCAUCAAUCCGUUUGCCAAGCCGCGAAGAACUUCUGGAUUUACUUCAGGGCUACUUUAAAGUAUGGUGUGAAUACGGACAUUCCCUUCGAAUUAAAACCAUGUCCCAUACCAAACGGGAAUUACUAUAUGAAGAAUGCCUCAAUCGAAACGGACGACUGGCCGUACAUAAUGCCAAGAGGAUUUUUUAAGGGAGUUGCCACAUUCAAAAAAGAUGACAUAGUUGUCGGUACCCAAGAAGUUGUAAUUUUUAUAGAAGACCGCACCCCAUAAAAUCCAGCAUAUAAAUCAAUUGAAAAAUGCUAAGUAAUUUUUAAAAUAUUUGGGCCUUAACGAUAAUAAUGAAUUUGUAUAAACGAGUUCCAACCACCAUUCUUAGCCAGUUUAAGAACUUUAAAGCAAUUACAGUACGGGCGAUAAAU